GCUCCCAGUUCCUCAUUUGCACAGAGAAAAGGCASACAAAAGGUGACAGAAGAUAACAACCAUCAUGGCAUCAGCAAGCCUGCAGUUCUUUGCUUUUAUUCUGGCGUUGUGUGGUGUUUUUGGAGAUAUCGCAGCCACCCUGCUACCAAACUGGAAGGUAAAUGCAGACAUUGGCACAAAUAUCAUAACAGCUGUAACACAGAUGCAAGGACUUUGGAUGGACUGCACGUGGUACAGCACUGGGAUGUUCAGCUGCACCCUGAAAUACUCCAUUCUCUCCCUCCCCGUCUACAUCCAAGCUGCACGGACCACCAUGGUACUGUCGUGUAUCCUAUCAGCCUUUGGGAUCUGCAUCACUACAGUCGGAAUGAAAUGCACAAAGUUGGGAGGGGACACUGACAGCAAAAAUCAUGCUUGUUUUGCUGGAGGAGUCUGCUUCAUUCUUGCAGGAAUCUUUGGAUUAGUACCAACAUCUUGGUACACGAGAGAAAUUAUUUCAAAUUUUCUGGACCAGACCAUUCCAGAGAGUAGUAAACAUGAACCAGGAGGAGCAGUUUAUACAGGAUUCAUCUCAGCAGGGUUUCUGCUCAUCGCAGGUGUGAUCUUCUGCUCUUCCUGUUUUAAAAGGCAGCAAGGAGCAYGGAUUUACCCUCCAAAGCAGCACCAUUUCCCAUCCACAGAGCAGGAGAGCAAUGCAGGUUACAACCUGAAGGACUAUGUAUAAAUAAUUACUUCUAUUCACUGAAGUAUUUCUAUCCGUUCAAGGGKUUUUUUGUGUGUUAAGUGUAGCUU